AUGAAACAGAGAAACAUCUUGCGAUUGACAGAAGAAGUGCGAAAUGCGCUUAAUUUAAGAAAACCUGUUGUCUCACUCGAGUCAACGAUCAUUUCACAUGGUCUUCCAUAUCCUCAGAAUAUCGAUAUGGCAGUCGAAGUUGAAUCCAUUCUUCGUGAUCAAGGUGUUACUCCAGCUACGUGUGCUUUUAUUGAUGGUAGGCCACAUGUCGGUUUAACACAAUCUGAUUUGUUACGAUUUGCAGAAGCAUCACAACUGGGUAAAGUGCACAAGGUUUCAAGAGGAGAUAUUGGUUUCGUCAUGGCUAAUAAACUAAAUGGUGGAACUACGAUUUCACUGACAAUGAUCUUGUCGCAUUUGGCAGGUAUUAAAUUCUUUGCUACUGGAGGACUUGGUGGUGUGCAUCGAGAUAACCCAGGCGAAACUUCGAUGGACAUUUCUGCUGAUUUAACAGAAUUGGGCAGAACACCAGUGAGUGUAAUCUGUGCUGGUCCGAAAUCGAUCUUGGAUAUUCCUCGGACAUUGGAGUUUUUGGAAACACAAGGAGUAUUUGUAGGAACAUAUAAUGAAGAUAAAAAGCAAGUCGCACAAAAUGAGUUAAAGUUGCCAGGCUUUUACACACGUGAGUCCAACGUUGCAUCACCAUUUGGAUUUGACACCUUAGAAGAAGCUGCAAGAAUUGUAUUCAAUCAGCAACUGCUAAAUUUACAAAGUGGUAACGUGUUUUGCAUUCCACCGCCUAAAGAUACUGCAUUGAACAAUGACUUUAUAACGCUGAUCAUUGACAAAGCAAAUGAAGAAGCAAAAGAAAACCGCAUUUUAGGGAAACAAUUGACACCUUACUUGUUGAGUAAAAUAGCGAAAGUGACCAAGGGCCAGUCUGUGCAUGCCAAUAUAAGCUUGGUCAAAAAUAAUGCACUUGCUGCUGCCACCAUUGCAAAAUCAUAUUAUGCUUUGGAAGAGUCUGCAAGAGAAUCAGCAAGUGAAUCAGCAAGUGAAUCUGAAAUGAAAACGGUAUGUAUGUGA